GCCACACGAGGUCGCUGUGAGUGAGCACUGACCGACGCGAAAUGAUGACGUAGAUCUCGCGCGGCCUGUUUUUCGUAAACAGACCAAAACUGUGCUUUGCCGCGCCGUCACAGCGCGUUUAAAAUGGUCGUGUGUAACUUUUUCCUCCAGGGCCGCUGUCGGUACGGAGACCGAUGUUGGAAUGAGCACCCGAGAGGCGGAAGCAGAGGAGGGGGAGGUUAUAAUGACAGCUACAGCCGCUCCGGUGGUCAGCAGCAGCCCAGAGGAGGAGGAGGAGGAGGAGGUUAUGGGAACAGAGUUUGGGUGAAUCCCUCCCAGCAAAGAGGAGGAUAUAUUCAGCCGUCAUCCUUCUCCUCACAGGGAAGCAGUGACUGGGGUUCAGGACGUGGUGGUGGUGGAGGAGGAGGAGGAGGAGGAGCAGGUGGCGGUGGUGGUGGCGGCGGCGGCGGCGGCGGGAGAAGAGAAAACUUGAAGAGCUCUGAUUUCAGCUUCUCAUCUUCGAAUCGAUUUUCUGCUCUCGAUGCUUCCAAUGCCUUUGACAAGGGAGGAAGAGGAGCAGUGGCAGGUUUAGGAACUGCUGGGGAUGAAGAUGACGAUAAGAAACUUGAAGUCAUUCAGGCGGACGUGGAUGCCUGGGAGAGUUCAGGACAGUGGGGCUUCUCCUGCUACUCUAGCUUUAAGACGCCCAUAUCAGGCUUCACUGAUCUGUCUCCAGAAGAGCUCAGGCUGGAGUACUACUCCACCAGAGCAUCAGGGGAUCUGCAGGGCUACCUAAAUGGCGUAAACCAGCUGCUCAGUCAGUGGAAAAGCAGAGUCCAGGAGCUGAAGAUUAUGAGUCCGUCCACACGUCUGGCACUGCUCGCCGAGUUAAAAGGAACAGCUCCGCAGUCGUCUUCAAGUGGCUUUGGUUCGACAGCGACGACAGGAUUUGGAUCCUCCACAUCCGGCUUUGGCAGCAAAGGCUUCGGUGCACCAGCCCAGUCCGUCACCUUCGGUUUCCCAGCUCUGAGUUCUGGAUUCGGCUCUUCUUCUACAUCUUCACUUUCAACUGGGUUUGGUAGCCUUAUAACAGCUCCAACACAACCUCCAUCUGGGUUCGGCUCUUCCUCCGUGCCGUCUGCUUCGUCCUUCUCAUUCGCCGCCCCGAGCGCAGACAAGCCGCCGCCAACGGCGUCUUCGGGGUUCGGAUCGGCCUCGGGGUUCAGCUUCUCCACCACGACAGCGACCACUGGGGGAGGGUUUGGGAGUGCCUUCGGGGGGACGGCAGCUUCACUUGGAGCCGGAGCGGUGGGAGAGACCACAGACGGUCUGUUCUCACCCGAGAGCAAACUCACCCAGGAAGAACUGAAUCAGUUUAAAGCCAAGAGGUUCACUUUGGGACAGAUUCCACUAAAACCGCCACCUGCGAAUAUGCUAGUGGUCUGACACUGUGGAAAAAGCUAAAGAUUUUUCACUAAUAUUUAGGUGCACAGCACACAAAAUGCACAGAUUUCUACUUUGGACUCAUUAUAAAUGAAGUCUUUUGCGCCAUAAAAUGCUGACUUCAGAUUUUUACAUUUGGCUGAUUUUAUUUUAUUUUUUUAUUUUUUUUUUUGUAGAACCUUCUGUUUGUUAUGGCGAAAACUUAUCUGUAAAUGAUGAAGAAUAGCAACUGCAACAAAUCAUUGACGAUCAGUGGCCCUUCUAUAUAGGUCACAAUAAGCUGCAUUUACUGGUGUUAGUCAUAAGAGGGCGCCAUGAUAAAAGCUUGAGUGUUUCUCACUUUCUCUGCCUUCGUGUCUCUGGUGGCCAACUGGUUUAAUGUGAGCAGUCGCUUUCAGAUUGUAAUUUUUGCCCAACAUUAAAACAAUAAAUGAAGAUCGGUGAGUGCAAA